UUCCGGUAUGCGACUGUAGGUGGUGCCAGAGCACCAAAAAGAUAUGCUGCCAGGCUGCAGGGGCCUCUGCACAGUAAUAUAUCGGCAGAGCUUCCGGUGGAUGGAGCUGUAGAACUGUACCGUGAUCGGAUUACAAAAAUCCGUGAGUGCCCUACCUGCAACUGCUUUCUUACCCACAGAAGAAAACAAAGACGAGGGGAGUCGGAGGUACUUAUAUGGAACCAGAUGUGGCCCAAGGAGUCGGCGAGUGAUAAAUGCACUGACUGACAGAUGUUCUACAACUGCGCCCAUUGGAUUAAGGCUUGAUGUGCCAUUUGGCAGUUCCCUUUGCUCUGAGUGGAUCACAUUGUGCUGGCCUGUGAGAAUCCUCUGUCAGCCUUUGUAUGGUUUCGUAUAGAACACAGAGAGUCACCUUGCAGCACUUGGAUCAGGAGUCAGACCCUGGGGGUACAGGUCGGAGUGAAGAUCUUGCUGGACUACAAGAACGAUGGUGCUGCUGGGAAUUCUUCUGAAGUCGCUAUUCCCUGUGGUUCUUUUCUACAGUUUUCUCUCAUUCUGGGUUCCUGAUGGUGCUGGAUCGAAAAACAAUGACACCAAAAAGACAAACUUCAUUGUCAUUUUAGCUGACGACAUUGGAUGGGGCGAUCUUGGCGCAAACCAGCCGCACCUGGAAUCCCACACGCCCAACUUGGACGCAUUUGCCGCUGAUGGAGUUAGAUUUGUGGAUUUCCACUCGGCAGCCUCCACUUGUUCCCCCUCUCGGGCCUCUCUGCUCACAGGAAGGCUGGGCAUCCGCAACGGAGUCACCCAUAACUUUGCUGUUGAGUCGCUUGGGGGGCUCCCACUUAACGAGACCACUCUGGCUGAGGUUUUAAAGGAAUCUGGCUACGCCACGGGUCUGAUAGGAAAAUGGCAUCUGGGUCACCAUGGUGAAUAUCAUCCCAAUGCCCGAGGCUUUGAUUAUUACUAUGGGAUUCCCUAUAGCAACGACAUGGGAUGCACAGAUGCCCCCGGAUACAACAUCCCUCCCUGCCAGCCUUGCCCAUUGUGCCACAAUGCUCCGCAAAGUGCCCGGGGAGAGUGUUACACCAAACUGGCCCUUCCUCUAAUGGAAAACCAAGUGAUUGUGGAGCAACCUGUGGAUUUAAGCCGUUUGCCGGAGAAAUACGCACUCAAAGCAAAGGGGUUUAUUAAAGAAGCGAGAUCCCGGGGGCAGCCAUACUUCCUGUACGUGGCUUUGGCUCACAUGCAUGUGCCACUUACCACCCACUCAGAGGUUCCCAGCCGCCAGCCUUAUGCUGACAGCCUGAGAGAGAUGGAUGAUCUGAUUGGACAGAUUAAAGCUAGCGCAUAUGGUGCUGUGGGGCAGGACACACUUCUCUGGUUUACAGGUGACAAUGGCCCCUGGGCCGAGAAAUGCGAUUUUGCAGGAAGUGUUGGUCCCUUUGUGGGCGCAUGGCAGAUUGUACAAGGGGGCAGCUCAGCCAAGAAGACUACCUGGGAGGGUGGGCACCGGGUCCCGACACUAGCUUACUGGCCCGGAAAGAUCCAAGGGAACCGUACCAGUUUGGCCUUACUAAGCACACUGGACAUCUUUCCCACUUUGGUGUCCCUGGCAAACACAUCCCUGCCAGCCAACAGGCGAUUUGAUGGCAUAGACAUAUCAGGGAUUCUGUUUGGGCACUUGCAGGAAGGGCACAAGAUCUUGUACCAUCCUAACAGCGGCGCCGCUGGGACAUUUGGAAAUCUAGAAGCCGUGCGACUGGGCCAGUACAAGGCAUUUUACACUACAGGCGGAGCCCUGGACUGUAAUGGAAGCAUUGGGCCAGCUCAGCACCACGACCCUCCACUUGUGUUUAACCUCAACCGGGACAUACAGGAAGGGUCCCCACUUGAUACAGAGAGUCAAGAGUACCACACACUCUUACUGCACUUAAAACAGGCAAUGGGGGACAUUCAGGCUGAUAUUUCAAUGGAUAAUGUCUCUUCAGCAGAUUAUUUACAAGAUGUUUCAGCAGUUCUGUGCUGCAACCGAGAGCAUGUGGCCUGCCGCUGUACUGAGCUGUGAUGCCUCAAGGCUUCCAACUCUCCCCUACAAUGUUUCGCCGGUGCCAUGAUCCAUACAGAAUAAGAGAUUGGUGUCUUCUCAGGUCAGAACUUGGAAACAGGACUUCCUCCAACACAGAAAUGGAUAAAGAAUUGUAUGGGAAGAUACCUGCCAGGCCAGGAUCUGGCUGAAUUGAUGUCCAACUCGAAUUAAACAACAAGGGAGCUUGACUGGAGAAAUGAUUAUUUGGCCCCCUAUUAGGGCAAACUUGCUGCUGACUUAGUCUAGAGUGGUAGGUGAUGACUGCAUGUGGAUAACUUCACUUCUAACUUAUUGACACUGUCUGGUCCUUAGGGUCGAUGACUCCUCCCUCCGUUACAUGCAAGAAUUUGUGGAAAUAUCCCUUACAAUGAAAGCCAUAGCACAUUCCCAAAAUGACCUAAUGGCUCAGUGGUUAGUGCGGCUGCUUUCCAGAGCUUGGGACGUGAGAUCAAUUCCCUCCUUGAGAUAAGUGAGUUUCUAUGUUGUCUGUGUGGGUGGUUGUGCUACAUAAAUAAUCUAGGUGGGCAACUGCUGCCUUGAAGUGCUUCAGUCCUGAGUUCAGUUCCAGUCAACAUAUUGUCUGCAUGGAGUUGUGUGUUCUCUCUGUGCCUGUGUUGGCAUACUACAAAACAAGCGUUUAUGUGUGUCUGCAUAGAUGCAGUUGGAGCCGAACCCAGGGCUGAAAAGGGACAAACAGUGUUGUCCUUUAAGUAAAUGUUUAUGUAGACAUGGGACAAAUAUAAAAUCCUCAGUGUAAAACCUCUCAAUGUUCAUGUUUGUAACCAGAAUCAGCACUGCUUAUCAACAAGACUUAACAACAUUUCAUAGCUGUAAUGUUUGUACUGGGAAUAAUCCCAUAAUCCACUUUAGAGCAUUAAUCUGGGAACAUGCCCCUAUAUGCCGGUUAUGUAAGGUGCCACACGUGACCAAACACCUGUAAAUGUAACACUGUCAGGCCUGCGGGUCCCCCUGUGGCUAGUACUGGCAACUGGGAGAUGGAGUUUUGCAGCCCAGUCACACAGCUAUUACACAGAGGCAGAUGCAGAACCAGACAAAUUCAUUGCAGGGUUUUAUUCUUCAUCUACAUGUUUUUAGUUUUGUUCUGCACAUAAGUAACUUGCAGGGUACAAUGUGAAUAAAUUGCUCUAUGGACAGGAAUAAUACAUAAAAUUAGAUAUUCUGAGCUUUCGACACACGGACAUUUGUAUAAAUAAAAUUUGCAUAAAUUAGGCAAAUACCACUUUAUAUAAAAAAAGGAUAAAUAAAAAAUUCUAUGAGUGAGUCUGAAUGGUGACGCAUCCGUAUG